UUGGUACUUUCCGGGUCCUCAUCGCGCUCAUUCUCUUCAUCGACCGUCAGAGCGUCAUACCUUCGCAGAAAAGUUAUUGUUUUUAUUGAUAUCAGCGCUACUCUCGGCUCCAUCAUGGGUAAAAAGUCUAUCAGAGACUGUCGUGAUUUCGGACUGGAGUUUUACGUGUAUUUAGAGGAGACGGGGCGCACGCACAUCACAGAAAGGCAUUUACUCCAGAGCAUUUACAAGGAAGAGUUCAGAAACGAAAGGCCUGGGUUUCCAUUUGGCUCAAUCCUCUACGGACUGUCUUGUUUUGGGAAAGUGAAAGUGAAGCAUGGCAUCAACAUAUUUUUUUUGCCAAAGAUACACAACAUGAAGUGGAGUCAGCCUUCAAGGGCUGAUAUCACUGAUAAAAAUGGGAUUGAGAUCUACUCUUCUGACCAUGAGUUCAAGGAUGGGAAGAUUUCCUUUGAAGUACACAACAACAGCGAGCACACUGUGCCUCUGUACAUUGAGAACACUGGUCAUGAAACGGUGCAGUUCAUUGAUUAUGCUGUUCUGCGUGGGUUUGCAAACUUCUCACUGAAGGUUGAGGAUGUAGUGCACAAGAAAUGCCCACUGGAUCUCCCUCCAGAAGACAUUUAUGAAGUUGAGGUAAAGUACAGCGCUUGUGGAGAUGGAGUCGAGUCAGUGAUGCUUGCACUUGAGUUCAAACUUGAGAGAUCCUCUACUUCUUUUUACAUUGUGCGCUUUAUUGAAGCUGUGUGUAAGACCACAGCAGGGAGAAAGGCCCUCUGUCGGCCUCUUGCCCCUCCGACAUGGACCCCUCCAACUAAGGUCACCAUUGUUGACGGCCAACUUCCUGAAAGUAUGUCUGAGAAGAAGCGAACUAAUCUAGUGCCGCUGUAUGAAUAUAAACUACCUAAAGAUAUGAACCAUCUCAUCUUGGCCCUCAAAAAGCCAGACACCUUCUGGGAUCAAAGACAAAAGACAUUACAAGCUCCUCUGAGCAUCAACAACUAUAAAGAGAAGUUACAGCUCCUGUUGCAUUUGGAAGAGUAUCAAAUGGAGAGGGACAUCAGGAGAUACAACGUUCCCAAUGAUAACCUGCAGGAGGUGACAAUGCAGAGGGACUCUUUUAACGAGGAGCUCCUGGUUCUGAAGAUUACUGCUGAAAACCGGCCCACUCUGCAGAGAGGUGACCAGCUGCUGGUCUAUCCUGUUGGAGAGAUAAAGAAGAAAUAUCGUGGUUAUGUACACUCUGUGCAACUGGACAGUGUUAAACUGGGCUUUAGCAAAGAGCUGCUGGAUAUCUUUGUAAAAGGCAUGACGUUUCACAUUGAGUUCACAGUAAAUCGUCUGAAUCUAAGAACCCAGCACAGAGCCACAGAAUUUGCUGUGAGAAGUGGACUGGCUGCAGUAUUGUUUCCUUUGGCCCCCACUUCACCUGCUCCACAACAGACUCUUCCUGAUCUCAAACUUUUUGACAGGAAGCUGGGGAAAAACCCAGAGCAAUAUCGAGCUGUACAGCACAUUGUUGCAGGUUCAUCUAAGCCUGCCCCAUACCUACUGUUUGGUCCACCUGGGACAGGUAAAACUGUGACCGUGGUUGAGGCCAUCAAACAGAUAGCCAAAUGCAAACCUCAAAGUUGCAUCCUGGUCUGUGCCUUCACCAACAAAGCUGCUGAUUUCCUCUGUGAGAGUCUACUGACGGAUGGGGAGACUCAAGUGCUCAGGAUAUAUGCUAAGAGCUACAACCCUCAGGAUGUCCCAGACAGUCUCAAGGCCUGCUGUAACCUGGUUGGAGACUAUUUUGAGUUUCCCAAGGGUACUAAAGAUCUGAAGUCAGUCAACAUCACAACACUGUUAACGUCUUCGAGAUUUGUGACAGACAAUUUUCCCGAAGGCCAUUUCACUCAUGUGUUUGUGGAUGGGGCGGAAUGUGCUCGGGAGCCAGAGUGUAUACUGCCACUAGCAGGACUACUCGAUCCAAAUACUGGUCAGGUUGUUUUGGCUGGAGACCCUAAACAACUUGGGCCCAUUGUCAGAUCUCGAUUUGCUCAAAGAUUUAGCAUGGGGCUGUCUCUGUUGGAGCGUUUGAUGACAGACUUCCCUCUUUAUCAGAAAAACAUCGGCGUGUUUGACAACCGCUUUGUGACUAAACUUCUCCGCAACUACAGGUCUCAUCCUGCCAUUUUACAAAUUCCCAAUGAGCUCUUCUAUGAUGGAGAACUUCAGGCUUAUGCUGAUGAGCAACGCAACUCCUGCUGCUCGUUCGGACCUCUCCCUCAAAAGGGUUUCCCAAUAAUCUUCCAUAAAGUAACCGACUCGAGCAGCAGUUUCUUACUCUUCAACAAUGCAGAGGUGGAUGUGCUAAUGGAUUAUGUGAAGGAUUUGCUGCAAACACAGGGAAAUAAUGGUCUCUCCAAUAUCUCUCCACAAGACAUAGGAAUCAUCGCCCCCUAUAGGAAACAGGUGCAGAAAAUCUGUAUGGCACUUCAGAAAGUAGAGAAGGACUACAAAAUCAAAAACAUGAGUAACCUAAAAGUUGGUACACUGGAGGAGUUUCAAGGUCAGGAGAGAAGAGUGAUCCUGGUGUCCACAGUCCGCAUAAGUUUCCUAAAUGACAAGUGGUUCAAUGUGGCUGUGAACCGUGCCAAAGCCCUGCUGAUUGUUGUGGGAAACCCCGGGAUGUCAAAUUCACACUCUGCUUGGGCGCGUUUCAUUAGCUACUGCAAAGAAAAAGGAGGGUACAAAUGGUGAUGAAAUUAAAGAUUCUCAACAGAGAAGGCUUUGUAGAUUCAGCAUCAGCUCGAUUCAGAAUGGAGAAACAAAAUCAAGGAGUAGAAUAUUCAGAUCCAGUCGGGGACCCAAGUUUAGUUCAGUUGAAUAUAAUCAGUGUUUCAGUCUUUUUUUUUUUUUGUCUCUGUAAUGGAUAACAGGAAAUCCAUUGUUUAAAUUGUGUUCAUGGCGUCUUUAAUCAAAGUCCUUGGACACCUUGGCUGCCUUGAGUCAUUGCCAAAUACUUUGUGUUUUUAAUGACAUUGUGGUCUUGUUGUAUGGCUGGAUAGAAUGUUAAACC